UACAAAGCAUUAGCCUUCCCAAGAGCAAACCCCAAAACCAUGGAUCCUGCAAAGGCCCUAACGCCACUUCCAACCAUCUCCCCGCCAUCUUCAGACCAAACCCUAACGUUAGAUCCACCAAUCUCACCUCUGAACAAGCCAUCUUCAGAGCAAACCCUAACCCUAGAUCCACCAAUCGCACCCCAGAAAGCACCAUCUUCAGAGCAAACCCUAACCUUACAUCCCCCUAUCUCUCCUCAGAACACGCCAUAUUCAGAGAAAGCCCUCACCCUAGGCCAUGACCAUCCGCUCCAGAAAGUCAUAGUGAUGCGCCAUGGGCAUCGAUUGGACGCGUUGAAGCGCUCGUGGAAGCAAACUGCUCAAAGGCCGUGGGAUCCUCCUAUCACCGUUGCAGGAACGCUUGCUACUUUCUGCAGUGGAGUAAUACUUAGCAAACAAGGGUUUCAGAUCCAUAGGGUUCUGGUUUCUCCAUUUUUGAGGUGUAUUCAAACUGCUAUAGGGGUCAUUGCUGCACUUUGUGCAAGCGAGAUGGGCCUUCAUGAGUUCAUGACUAAGAUUACGUCGUCGGAGAUUCAUCCAUCAGAGGUCGAGGAGCGCCUUGCUGAGUUCACCAGUAAGAAUGUGGUGUUUGAUCCAACUAAGAUCAAGGUCUCAAUAGAGUAUGGACUGUGUGAAGCCCUGUGUGGGCCGUCCAUAAAGCCAGAAGUGAUUCCUAAAGAUGGGAAUUGGUUCCCUGAUGUUUCUGAGCUUGAAGCUUUGUUACCUCAGGGAAUUGUUGAUCGCUCUGUUGAAUGCGUGUACCCAGAGUUGCCGCAAUGGGAGGAGGAACAGAAAGUGUCGUGCAGAAGACUCAAAAGAGUCAUUCGGUCUCUUGCAGACAAAUUCCCCAAGGAAAAUCUCUUACUCAUCGCUCAUGUGGCAGGAGUUGCAGUUGGAAUGAGAGCUUUCUCCAAAAGGCCAGUGAUCGUUGACAAAGUAGGUUACUGUUCCUAUGCAUGCCUUCAAAGGUCGGCCUCUUCUCCGUCUGAUUUGGAGACCCUAACAAAGAAAUCUCGGGGUGUUACCUAUUGCAUUGAGGGAGAGCGUUCGCCAAAAAGCCAAGGAUCAUUGACAAAGUAGCUUACUGUUCCCAUGCAUGGCUUCAAAGAUCGGCCUCUUCACCUUCUGAUUUGGAGACCCCAACAAAGAAAUCUCGGCGUGUUACCUAUUGCAUUGAGGGAAAGGGAAAGAAAGAAGAACAUGCAACAGCAUGGAAUACAUCCCACUAAAAAGAGUCCUCAAAAGUAAAUUGGAAGGGGGGCAGGGGGGGAUAGUGGACUGUUGUUUGUUUUAACUCUAUUAGAUCUCUAUGCUCAUGCUGUGUUGAAUCAUGGGUUUGAAUGUUCUUUUUUUCUUAUUUUUUUGAAAAUGUUAACUUGUACAGAAAAUGAACCCCGCAAGGGGUUGCAGAGGCAGAGGCCCAAACGGGCAGCAAAAAAAAUCCCAAAAGCUAAGCUUUACACGUGCUCUCAAAAUAUCCAAGGCCUGGCUUACCCAAAUUUAUCUUAUAGACUGGGCCUAAUGACUUUGAUGUUAUUUCUUA